AUGGCGUUAUCAGAAGAUCUCGAUCAUCGUCCCAGGAGCUCCAUACUUCGUAUUGGCUUGGUCACUUGUUGCAUGGUGGGCCACGAGUUUACAUGGGUGAUACAAUUUGCAUAUGGCACGCCCUAUUUGCUCUCGCUUGGUCUUUCAAAAGAAAUGACGGCUUUGAUAUGGUUAUCUGGACCCAUUUCUGGUUUGAUCGUGCAGUCGGUAUCUAAAUGCGUACGUAUCUUCAAGGUUAUCGGUGUGUGGAGCGACAAUUGCAAGUCCAAGCUUGGUCGACGCCGCCCUUUCAUCAUCAUUGGAGGUGUCAUCGUUUGGGUAUCGCUUCUGGGAUUAGGCUAUGUGGAACCAAUUGCUCGAUCAUUAGCAAGCAAUAGUGAUAAUGAAACAAUGAUACAAAACUUAAAAGUUGCGGUUGCGAUUUCGUCCCUGUGUACUCUCGAAGUUGGUGCGAAUAUUGUGGAAGCGAGUGGUCGAUCAUUGUUCAUUGACAUGUUCCCAACUUCGCAGCAAAACACAGUCAACGUCUUCUCCAGCGUCUUUUACAACGUAGCUGAUGUUGCUGGAUACUUGCUAGGAUACCUCAACCUUUCCGAUAUUUUCCCUACGUCUGAUGUAUCGCAAAUGGGUGCAUUGUGUACUAUAGCUGCUAUCAUAUCUGCAUUCACCGUAGUCAUUGGUUGCCUCUCAGCCCAUGAAGUGCCCCUCUCGCUUGGUUUCACUGCUACAACAAAGAAUGACACGACAUGGGUGGCUGAAAUUUAUGCCAGGACGCAUCAUUCAGAACAAUGGGAUGAAGGAGCACGUGCUGGAUCACUUGCAAUGGGUAUAUCUUCUGUCGUGGCUAUUGUAUCGGGCGCUAUUCUACCAUCGGCUAUCAAACACGGCUUUUUAUCUCGCAAAAACAUGUACACCUUGUCACAUGUCUUGUUUGCAGCAGCCAUGUUCCUCGUACCUUUUAUCGAUUCGCUGGCAGGUGCCAUGUUGUUGUGUGGUUUGGUGGGUGUUCCAUGGAUCAUUACCAUGUGGAUACCCUAUUCAUUGAUUAGUGAAUACCUGGUCCUUGAGCAUCACAAGGAAAAGCAGCAUUCGCGUUAUGAUGAUCGAUCCAGCUCCCAAAUCGAAGAAGAAUCAACGCCAUUGCUAUCGGUAGAAGAAAAAAGUAUGGAUUCUGGUAUCGUCCUUGGCAUUCACAAUAUCUACAUGACGCUACCACAAUUCAUCGGCAUCGCCCUUACCUCGAUCAUCUUUUCAAUGGCCCAUUCACUAGAAGAACAAAACCCCGAUGACAACCAAGGCGUAUCUUGGGUACUACAAUCUUGCGGAGUGAUGGCCAUCGUUGCUGCUCUUGUCAGUAGAAGCAUGGUGGACGUCGAUUAG